GCAAUACUACGAUGACGUGUCCAUAUCUUUUUUAGUAUAAAAGUAAGAGAUCAAAAUUAAUAUUUGUUAGAGUAGAACACAUGAUUUUAUCCGUUUCAUGUAACCAGCGAAUUAAAAUAUUUUUUUCUCAAUAUAUGUAUGACUUUUUGAAAGAGAAAGUCAGUGUUUUAAACCACUUUCCAGCUCCCAGAAAUUUGGAUUUAUCAGAAAAAGGGUAUAGACCGGAUUUACAGGGCUGCUUAGCAUACUCGAGUUAGAAUGAAGUUUGUUUGGACAAAACGGGUAUUUAAUUGCAGUAUUACCGGUUCGCUCUAAUUAUCAAUUUAAAAACGUCUUGUUUACCUAUGUUUCGUCAAGAUAUCGUGUUUCUUUAAUCAAUACUAUAAUUGUGUAUUGAACGAAAUAGAUUAAAAAAAUUACAGGACAUAGUAGACGCGGGAGGACCAUAAUCAAAUCGGACUAACCAACUAUUAUACGUUUACUGAUAAAUCCUGCCGUCGUGAAAUCUGACCAAUAUUUACCAGGAAUUGACGCUGUUGAUACAGAUAUGGCUACUGGAUUUGAUGAACAAGAGACUGAUUCUGAUACAGAUGGAAAUAUGAUGGACACAGUUACCUUACAUGAAAGUGUUAACAUCACAAACACAGGCCACCCCUGCACCACAAGAAUGCUCGAUGAAAGCAAUUUCCAAAGACUGAAUAGUGAACAUUGCUACACCAACUCUGAUAUGAUACCAGAAGAUUGCUUGACGGCUCAAUAUUCAUCUAAUUCUCUGAGAGAAGUUCCUGUUGUUAGUACUACUGACCUGACUCGAAUACUAGAUACUGAAAAAAGUGUCUUUCGUGAACUGAAUAUUAAUACAAGAAGUUAUGGAAACGAUCAUUUAGAAGAGGGACCUAAACCUAUUGUCAUAUAUAAUGAUAAGGACAAUAGACGCACUUUCAAUAGAAAACCUAUAGGCUCUUUAUGUACCGUUGAAAAGAAUGAGCAGGAAAAGCAUAUUUUAUGUUGCAGUUCGGCUAGAUUGUUAGAGAAAGAAAACUUAUUUAAUGCGGCAAAGGCGUACAAAUUAGCCUUGAAAUAUAAGCCAGAUUUUGAACUUGCUAAGGAGAGGCUUAAGUUUGUUCAUGGCCAGAUAUUACAAAAAAAACGAAGCGAAUUAUAUGAAAUUGUACUCACUGAACGUCGCGAGGAAGAAACGCCUAAUUACGAAUACAAUGAGCAAAUCAAAAGCAUCAGAAAUUCUAAUUCAUCAGAUAAGAUUUUUGAAACUGUGCUUAAUAAGGCAGUAGAACACAGUAUAUGUUCGAAUCAAGAAGCAGGUCAGGUCAUAUAUGAAAUGCUUUUUGAUCUCAAACCGAACUUCGCUGAAGAGCUUGUUGUUCAAGUUCACUGUGAUCAGCAGGUAUGUGUGUGGAAGGAUGAAAACACGUUGAUGUUAGAAAAAAUAACAAAGCUGCAGCUGUUAUAUGGAGAUACACCUUUAGUAAAACCACAUUCAGCAUUUACAUAUCUUCCAUUCCAACCUACAUUAAACAGAGCUAUAGCUGCAAAAUAUGCAGAUGAUUGUUUGCAGAGGGCUACCAGUUUAUCUAUAAAACAGCGAUCGAAUAUAUCUGGACCUAAAAUUAAGGUAGGUUACAUAAGCUCAGAUUUCAAGAAUCAUUCCAUGUCACAUCUGAUAAGUGGGAUCUUUCAACUCCAUAACAAAAAUGCAUUUGAAGUUUAUCUGUAUUCGCUUACUAAAUGUGAUGAUUCAGUUUUUAGACAAAGAAUUGAAGAAGGAGCUGAUCAUUUUCUUGACAUAUAUGAAAUGGAUUUUAAAGAAAUACAGGAACGUAUUGUGAAAGACGGAAUUAAUAUUUUAAUAAAUCUGAAUGGGUACACACAAGGAGAAAUGAAUGAGUUAUUUGCUCUCAAACUGGUAAAAGUUCAGGUAUUGUGGCUUGGUUUCCCAGGUACAAGUGGGUCGAAUUACAUGGACUACAUAAUUACCGAUCCUGUUUCAACACCGUUAGAAUUUGAAACAGAUUUUUCUGAGAAGUUUGCAUAUUUACCCCCCACGCACUUCAUUGGUGACCAUCUGAAAAUGUUUCAACAUCUGGUAGAGAAGAUUGUGAUUAAAUCAUACACUUGUGACGAUAGCAACAGUUUAAUAAUCAGUGGACAAAAUUUGGAGCCCUUCAGAAAUGCUUGUAGAAAUGCUGGGCUUACCAUAGAGGGAGACAAAGAAAAUGGCGAAUCCGUAAUUAUACCUUUCCUGUACAUUCUUACAUGCAAAUUUUCAAAUCACAAUUUCUGUGUUAUGACUGAAAGGCUUUUACCGCGUUUCAUAGUGGAUUUAUUGUUGAAGAAAACUGUUUAUGCACUUCUAAGAUCAAGCAAUAAGCUAGUCAUAUUUGGUGUCGAAAUUUUAAAUGGGGUGAAAGUAGGAAGGCAAGAGGAACAAAGCAAAUGGUCAACAGGCGAAAUAGUACCUGAUUCUUAUAUUUAUACCGCAAAAUGUCAGUAUGGUCUGCCAGAUAACAAAGUUAUAUAUGUAAACUUUAAUCAGAACUACAAAUUUGACAAAGUGGCACUUGAUAUGUGGAUUAAAAUAUUGAAGAAUGUGCCAAACAGCGUAAUUUGGCUUCUAAGGUUCCAUGAAGAAUCCGAAACAAACAUAAGAAGAUACAUAAGGCAAUCAGGCGAAGCCAUAACUGAUGAUAGAAUUGUCUUCUCAGAUCCUGUAAAGAAGGAAGAAUACAUACGUCGUGCUCAAUUAGCUGACGUGUUUUUAGAUACACCUUUGUGCAAUGCACAUACGACAGGCAUGGAUGCUAUUUUUGCUGGGUUGCCAUUAGUAACUCUACCGCAAAGAAAUAUUGCCUCAAGAAUAGCAGCAUCUCUUAUAAAAGAACUUGGCUGUGAAGAGCUUAUAGCCAAAGAUGAGGAGGAUUACGUUGAUAUUGCAGUAAAGCUGGGAAACGACUGUCGUCUUCUGAAGAACAUGAAGAGCAAAGUAUUCACGAGAAGACUUGAAAGUAGUUUAUUUGAUCUUCCUAAGAAAGUAGAAUCUCUAGAAGAACUUUUCAAAUGUAUGCACAGUCGUAGGAAUCAAAAACCCCAACAUAUAACGCAGCUAGUCAGUAAAUCAGUGAAAGAAGUACCGGCAAACAUACUACAGCAAGACACAGUAAUAGUACAGUCUGUUGUGGAACACGUGUCUCUCCAAAGGUCAGAAAUACAAGAGCAUUCCAAAAAUUUGACACAGCUGGUAAAUACGGAACUGCCAAUUAUAACAGAGGAGCAUGAAUCUGAUGAGGAAGUUGAAAAUGGAAAUAUCCCUCUGUUAGAUGACAUCGAGCAACUAUGAAUAUUCAAAUUGUUUUGACACGUUUUAAAAUGUGGACGCUGUUACUGUUCACUUAAUACAGAUAUUUAUUCAAAUACAAUGGAAAAGAACUUCAUGGCCUUCAGUUUGGAAAAGCUUUGAAAGGUAAGCUUGAGCAUCUGCUACUAUUACAAUUUGUGUAACAUUUAUAUGCAUAGUGUCAUUAUUCAAAUACAAGAGCAGACUUUGAGUAGCUGCUCCUUUCUCCAGUAUUCUGGCUCCUUCACAUCUUAAGAAGGCGCGGACACUGGCUAACCUAGGUCAGGAAAGCAUUUAACGUCUUCCACCGGUGUCCAUACGGAAGCCGCAUAUGUGGCCUUAAAGACGUCGUUCUGUCAAAAAGAAUUCUGUUGCUGAAGUGUUUACAAGUCGAAAACUAUGUACGAUUGAUCACUUAAAAAGUUAUGCUACGAAGCUAUGAAUUUCCACCACAUCAGAAUGGUGUAAUUAGAAAGUAUUCAGCAGACUUUACGAGCUUGACUAUUUCGAAAUAAAUACAGUCACUAUAAAAUCAAAAUGAAGUAGAAAAUAGGGCAUAACGUAAGGUCUAAAUUCACCAAAGCCUGGACAGAUGAAAGAACAACUGAUAGGAAAGCGAUCUUAUAAAACAGAGAGGAUAGACAGGAUGCUGGUGUCUUCAAUCACAUGUACAUCUCCCGGAGACAGUCAUCUACACCAUCAAUGCCUCAUCACAUUUAAACAGCAACCAUCUCAGUUACUUCAAGUUUGUUGGUCGCAUUAUUGCCAAGGCUAUCUAUGACAACAAGCUGAUGGAAUGCUACUCACGAGAUCUUUCUACAGACAUAUUAUUGGUACAGCAUUCAAGUGAGUUGAAGAUCUUGAUUUCUAACAACAUGUAUUUAAAUAUUUCUUUAAAGAAGGUCUUACAGUUUUUAAACAGCAUACUUGAUUCAUAACUUGGACUGGUGGUUUCUAAUUCUCUCUUGAGUAUGUACAUUAUUUGUUAUAAAUUUUAACUAUUUGUACAAACAGAACAGAACACAUGUAUUGUCAUAGAGGGAACUGUAUCUGUUUGAUAUUGAAGGUGUUAACUAGUUUUAGUCUUUUCAUUAUUGUUAUUGGAAAUGAAAUCAUUUAAUCUUCUGUGCUACUUUUACACAAAGAUUGUUUGGUCUGUGAAAUGAAAUAAAACUGCUUUGUUUAUGUAGUAAUUGAAUUGUACAAUAGCUUGUUAGUCCAUAUGUCGUAAACAAUUAGCCACAGCUGUAACAUUUGAAGUAGGAUUCAAGUGAAACUUUACAAAAAUGUGAAGUAUUCUGAGAAGUUGUCAGAUCUAUACCUUAAAGGCCAAUGUAAUGGGGCAACCCUAAACCAGUGCAAGGUGUGCCAUUUUAGUGGUGCAGAUUCUGUUUCGCAAACACUUUCCGUUCCGUUAUUGUUUCAUUGACUAUGUUUUGGUUGUAUUUUAUGCAGUAUUUUCAUCUGUGUUCAGGUAUAUAGAUAUGCAGACAGAGGACUACUCGUUCUACCAGGGUCUGGUCUUCCUGCUGGAAAACUAUGUCAAAGAUCUUGGAUAUGACCUCACUUUUACCAUUAAAUUACCAGUUUUCAAACCUCUAAGGAAUUUGGGGAAAUUACAUACAAUUAAUGAAUUUUACAGGACAUGAUAAAAUUGUUUAUUACCAAGUCAAGUGUUGAGUUGGACAUUUAAAAAUGAUUAAUUAAUUAAUGAUGAUAAAGCAACACAUCUUCAGAAGUAAAUAACAAAUUUCAAACAAUGUAUUUUCAACAUGGCGACAGAUUCAAUAACCUGUUUUCAAACCAACUGCAAAAAUGCAUGUAAUAAUUGUUUUAAUGAUGCAAGAGCCUUUUAAGUUUCUUCACUUUUUAGAUUAAGGCAGAUUUUAAUAUUUAUCACAUUCCACAGUUAAUUAAAUGUCAGUCUUUUUCUCAAAGCCAGAUAAAAUACUAGUAUGGAAUGACAGGAAAAUUAAGAAUAAGUCUGAAAACUAUUAAUUUUAAGUGGUUCUUUAAUUAGGCCAAGUAUCCAAACACUUAAGAAGAAUAUUUUGUCAAUUAAAACAAAAGCAAAAUGGCAUUACUAUUAACAAGAUUUUAUUUGAAUUGUUGAAGAAUGGUACGAGUCCUCUAAACUGGAGUUAUAAAGCUUAUUUCAGUCAAAUUGUUCCCAUUUUUUUUAAUCAAAUUUUACUGAAUUCAUAUUUCCCAAAUAACACAUUUAAAUGAUAUUGUACAAAUAAAUCUUUGAUUGUUUCACAUAACUUUAAUACGACUUUGAAGAGGAGACAACAAGUAAAGAAGAUAUUUCUUUACAUAAAACAGAAAUUACAUGCUAUAUGUAUGUAUUUAUGUGAAGCAUGCAAAAUGUAAUAGAGAAAAACACCAUUUUUGCACAUCCCUUUGAAUUCAAUUAAAUAAAAUAUUUGUUUUUCAUGCUUUUAAAAUUUUGACAGCUGUAGCCGGUACCCUAUAUAACAAGUACCUGCAAGUGCCAGAAAUGAUAUCAUUCAUGACCUGAAGGUAAAAUAAACAGAAGUUUAGGGUAGAAAACAGGUACACUGACGAUAGUACAGAGGUAUACACUAGUACUAGUAUACACAUUUAAUAACAUAUUCUGAAGUUUGAAUUGUACUGUAAAUGCAUAUUUUAUAUUUUACCACGAUAUUUGCUAAAUGCAUUUUUUAUAUUUUACCAUGAUAUUACCAUCUAAAUAUGUUGUAAACUUACGCAAACUUUAAGAAAUUGACAUUCAGUUGUUUUAGAGUAAAAAUCUUUGCUAGUCAAAUUUCUUUUAUGGUUAGACCUGGGGAAUGAAAAAUGAUUUACUAAAACAGUUUAAAUUAAUGUCUGUCAAGAUUUUGUUUUUUAUUUAUGUUGAAUAUUGUAAUUUAAAAACAAAACAAAACAUUGUUCUCUUUAAUUUAGGGUUAUUAUUAUUAUUUUCUUUAGUCCAUUUCUGUCAUUGCGUAUGUGACAUAAUAACAAUAUUAUUUCUUUAAAUGUAAUCCAACGCUUUCCCGUACUUUUCUUACAUUAGUUUUUAGAGUUUUGGUGCGCAGAUUACAAAUAACAUUUAUUCUUUCACCACUUACAUAUAUAUUUAUUUCAUUUUAAUAUCUGUUCAUUGUACUACAUACUGUUUAUGCCACUAAGAGUUAAUUUGUUCAUAUUCAUGUAUUUCACUUCAAUGUCUAUGUUGCGCACUUUGGAUGAUUUUUUUACAUUAUUAUGUUAGAGAACCAUAUGUAAGAGUGGCUACAGCGAAAUAUGUUAUCCUCUUUAAAUAAAGUUAUUAUACCCCCACAAAACUAAGUUUGGGGUGGGGGUAUAUAGGAGUGAGCUUGUCAGUUUGUCGGUCCGUUGGUUUUCAUGGUUUCCGGACAAUAACUCAUGAAAGGCUUGAUAGAUUGAAAUAAUUUUGGUACAAAGAUGUAACAUCAUAAAAUACAGGUCAAGUUCGACUUUGAGAUUUGUAGGUCAGAGCAAGGUCACAAUGACCCGGAGCAGUUAAACGGUUUCUGCAUGAUAACUUAAGAAUGCUUGGGUCUAGGAUCAUAAAUUUUGGACACAGGUGUAACAUCAUAAAAACAGGUGUAACAUCAUAAAAUACAGGCCAAGUUCGACUUUGAGGUCAGUAGGUCAAGGGUCAAGGUCACAAUGACCCGGAACAGUUAAACGGUUUCCGGAUGAUAACUUGAGAAGCUCUGGGCCUAGGAUCACGGAAAUUGAUAGGGAGGUUGGUCAUGACCAGUAGAUGACCCCUAUUAAUUAUGAGAUCAGUAUGUUAAAGGUCAAGGUCACAGUGACCCGGAACAGUUAAACCAUUUCUGGAUGAUAACUUGAGAACGCUUGGGUUUAGGAUCAUGAAAAUUGAUUGGAAGAUUGGUCAAGAUCAGCAGAUGACAUCUAUUGAAUUGAAGGUCAGUAGGUCAAAGGUCAAGGUCACAGUGACCCGGAACAGUUAAACCGUUUUCGGACGAUAAUUUGAGAACGCUUGGGCCUAGGAUCACGUAACUUACUAGGAGGUUGAUCAUGACCAGCAGAUGACCCCUAUUGAUUUUGAGGUUUUACUUUGACGUUGGCUUACUUAUAUGACAAGGCCGUAUUGUGGGGGUAUAAUUUGUCACUCCUGUGACAGCUCUAGUUAUUAUUAUUAUUAUUAUUAUUAUUAUUAUUAUAUAAUCCUUAAAUGCAGACAUAACUUUAGUGGUUAUAUUGGAUUUUUGGGUGAAAUUGUUUCGUUCCUGUGUAAUUCCAUUUAAAUAUUUUUAAAGUGUUUUUUUUUGUAAUUAGAAAUAUGCCGAUUGAGAUGUAGGUUUUGCUUAGAUUUUGUUUUUUUUGUUAUUGAUUUAUAUUUUGAUGACAUUCAUUCCCUUUUUAUACGCCCGAAGGGACGUACUAUGUUAUACCCCCGGUGUCCGUCUGUCCGUCCGUUAGCAAAUUCGUGUCCGCUCUUGAACCCCUUGAAGGAUUUCAAAGAAACUUGACAUAAAUGUUCACCACACAGAGACAAUGUGCAGAGCGCAUGUUCUGGAUGUCUCGCUUCAAGGUCAAGGUCACACUUAGGGGUCAAAUGUCAUAUCAGUUUGUUUCGUGUCCGCUUUGUAACUCUUGAACUGCUUAAAGGAUUUCAAAGGAACUUGGCACAAAUGUUAACCACACUGAAACGACGUGCAGAGCGCAUGUUUCGGAUGACUCGCUUCAAGGUCAAGGUCACACUUAGGGGUCAAAUAUCAUAUAUGACUUUGCUUAGUGUAUAUUGCUUUACAUUGCAGUGCUCUUGUUUUUAUUUGGCAGAUCCCUUUUUUGUUCACUUACAAUAAAAAAAAUGAAUUACUUCCCUUUUAUGUUACUAUAAAUAGCUUACUUUCAUUUUUUUUAUUAUUGGUCGUAAAGAAAAACCGAGACUGCUUUUCUGUGGUACAACAUGGAUGGUACAUCUAAUUUUAAGGUGUAUUUUGAUAUACAUGUACCUGUUAAGGAUUUUUUGUGGAAUUUUUUCCCUUUGUUGUUCCUGUCCUUCGGGCUUCAACAGUCAAGUUCUUUAAAUUUUGCACCAAUCCUCUGAUGUAACCCUUCGGGCGUAUAUUGCCCCGCUUGGCGGCGCUCUUGUUUGCAUUUGAUUAGAGUUUUGCAUAUUUGGGAAAAUGUCAUUGACCAAUCAGUUUGCAGCAUUUUUGGUGCUUGUCUUUAAUAAUGGGCUUAUAAGUUACUAGUAUUUCUUAGCCAAUUUUUUAAAUAAGAACUUUGGACUUUGAUUUUGUUGGAGAGUAAAUUAUUACUUAAGAGUUUUGUGAUAAUUUUAGAUACAUGUGAAUGUACUGGAUUUAUUUUCAUCAUAUGGGAUAGCGCCAAACCUAGUUUGUGGAAUUUCUCUGACAAUAUUGACAAUGUGUUUAAGAAAAUUGCAGAAAUUUUGUAUUAAGUAACAUAUUGUGUUCAUAAAUUUAUUGAUAAACAUAACAGAAUAUUGUUUCGAAUGUGUGUCUAUGAAUUGAAAUAUUGCAAUAGAUUUGUUAAACUACCUGUACUUCUUCUUGUGUGGUCAUUUAUUAAUAAAUAUUUUGACUUUUCUUACACUCAAAAUAGUGUCAUAAUAUUUACAU